GUAUCAACCACCUGGCCUGUCAGUUUUCAUCGAUACCGCGUGCCCCUGCCUGCUCGCAUCGCGAUUCUGUUGGUGAACUCGCGUGGAGUUCGCGUUUGCAUUGUGGAUUUAAUCGCCGCGACCACCCAACGGCCUCAAGAUGAUGAAGUUCAAUCAACAGGGCCUAGUCGCGGACUUGAUGCCCAAUAUAAGGCUGAUGAAAGCUUCUGGGCAUUUUCUGUUUAAUUACUACGAUGACAACUCCACGAAGUUCAUCCAUAAAGUCUUAGCUAUCACUCACUUAGUGUUGGUCCUGAUGCAAUUCGGAUUCUGCGGAAUAAACCUGAUGCUGGAGAGCGACGACGUGGACGUCCUAACAGCGAACACGAUCACCAUGCUGUUCUUCACGCACAGCGUGGUCAAGCUGGUCUAUUUCGCGGUCAGGAGCAAACUGUUUUACAGAACCUUCGGCAUAUGGAACAACCCCAACAGCCACCCCCUGUUCGCCGAGAGCAACGCUCGGUACCAUCAGCUAGCCGUGAAGAAGAUGAGAAUACUGUUGAUGGCCGUCAUGGGGACCACGAUCCUCGCUUCGAUCUCCUGGACUACCCUCACCUUCAUCGAGGAGCCUGUGAAGAAGAUCAUCGAUCCUGUCACCAAUGAAACCACCUUCGUCGAGAUACCGAGGUUGUUGGUGCGCUCCUGGUACCCGUACGACGCGAAACACGGAAUGGCGCACAUAUUGACGUUCAUAUUCCAAUAUUACUGGCUGCUGUUCUGCAUGCUGGAUGCCAAUCUCCUCGACGUGCUGUUCUGCUCCUGGCUGCUCUUCGCUUGCGAACAAAUCCAACAUUUGAAGAACAUCAUGAAGCCUCUUAUGGAAUUCAGUGCGACACUGGACACCGUCGUGCCUAACAGCGGUGAACUCUUCAAGGCUGGCAGUGGAGAGCACAUCAGAGAUCCUGAUCAAGCACCCCCACCCACACCCCCACAGGGUGAGAACAUGCUGGACAUGGAUCUUCGAGGGAUAUACAACAACAGACAGGAUUUCACGGCUACGUUCCGACCCACCGCUGGAAUGACGUUUAACGGGGGCGUGGGGCCGAAUGGGUUGACGAAGAAACAGGAAAUGCUGGUCAGAAGCGCCAUCAAGUACUGGGUGGAGAGGCACAAACACAUCGUCAGGUUGGUCACUGCGGUGGGAGAUGCUUAUGGCGUUGCUUUGCUGCUACACAUGUUGGCCACCACUAUUACGUUAACACUGCUCGCUUACCAAGCAACGAAGGUGAGCGGAGUUGACACCUACGCAGCGUCCGUAAUAGGCUACCUGUUAUACUCCCUUGGACAAGUUUUCAUGCUCUGCAUAUUUGGCAAUCGUCUAAUCGAAGAGAGCUCGUCGGUGAUGGAAGCUGCCUACUCGUGUCACUGGUACGAUGGUUCAGAAGAAGCCAAGACGUUCGUUCAAAUCGUCUGUCAACAGUGUCAAAAGGCGAUGUCAAUUUCGGGAGCCAAGUUUUUCACCGUCUCCUUGGAUCUUUUCGCUUCGGUGCUGGGAGCCAUGGUUACCUACUUCAUGGUGUUGGUGCAACUGAAGUGAACACUCGUGGCCAGUCACAUCAGGAAUGAAGAGAGUUUGGAAUGUUCGUGUGUGCGUGGUUGCAAUUGUCAAACACGAACCCCGUACUUUGCAACCAAUUUAUUAGAAAACGGUUGGCACGGAUUCAGAUCGAACCUGCGUCAGCGGGAUGCGGUUAACAUCGAUCUCCGUCUUCGAAUACUUCGUACAAUCGACUAAUUGGAAAUUCGGAAAAUAAUGUCUCUAAACGAAAACAAAAAGAAACCGAAUUCGAAAGGAAAUUGUGUCCUGUUUAAAUAAUCGCGAGAAAUACGAAGCUCUACGAGCAGGAUUACGACCAAUCACAUGACGGAGCUAAGAAUAGUAAUUCGCUCGACUGCGAUGGUAAGCUUAAUCCUUUGGGGAAUUAAUUCUCUCGUCUUACUUUACUUCAACGAAUUAUUUCAUAGCAAUUAUUAUCAACACACUGUUUAUAUACUUCACGGUUCUUUUACUUCUUCGAAGGUCGCAGGAGAUCUUUGAAACUGCUAUUAAUUGAUUACUUCGAGUUAUCAAAUUUGCAAGAAAUUAUAAAUAUCCUAGAGUAUCUUGUCCGGAGUCUCCAAAGGAUUAACGAUAAUUUCUAAAGUAAAAUGUAAAAUACUAACGAUAACCUUUUUUUAUUAGUGUUAAUUACGUAACGUUAGAGUGAAAAUUAAAACAUAAUAUGUGUAAGUGGUAACUCUUAAGAGAAUUAGUUUUGAAUUAUGCUGCACGCAAUGUCCGAGGGAAACAACAAACGGGGAAUAUUACGCUGAGAAUAGAAUUUUAUCUACGUUUGUUUACGGAUGUACUCUUUGUACAGUAUACUGUGAUGCAAUUGCGAGAAUGUACUUUACUCGAUGCAAGAGACUCGUUGGACAUUUUUAUCAAGCUUCUCAAUUGUUAUGGUAAAUCUUUCGAGAAGUUGCGCGAUAAAAAUAUACUUGAAAAACUUGCAUCUUGACUUUCGGAAGUAUUCGCGUCCAAAGGAAAUGGGAAGAUACUUUUGUCGACGUGUAAAUAGACACUGGUAGAUUCUUUCGUUAACAUGAUACAUAUUUAACAGGUUUCGAGGCACUAUAAGAUAGCAUCAUUUAUUCUAAAGUGACUUCGCCGUUCAGUUCCUCGCGAAAGGGAUUUCUAACUAGACUAAAUUGUCCUACAUCCACGACGAGUUGUUUUUGAUUGAAAAUUCUUGAAAAAAAAAAAUUAAGACUGAAACUCAUCCGUUCGAAGCGAUUCGCAAUUCGUUCGAAAUUGUUAAUUUAACGAGUGCUGGACUCUUAACCUUGCAUUUUAAUCUAAUCUGAGUACCGGUAAACGUUUAUAAAAUUUUACCAGAACAGUAUAAAGGUAACGUCUGCUACGACGAUUUUGAAACAUAUAAAAUUUAAGCAAACCUAUUUAUACGUAAACUCGUACCUCAAUUUUUACGAUUUAAUAUACAUUGUUGUCUACAAUACUUUUAUAUCAUUUUUAAGGAAACCGUUGCAAUUGUUCUUAUCCGAUUUCCUUGUAUUUUUAACACCGGCGUUAACAAAUUUCUGUUCACUCGGAAAACUGUAAACCAACGGUGAAAAUGAUUUAUUCGAAUGAAAAAGAAUCGAAAAUAACUUUCAGAAAAUCUCCAAGUGAAAUGCAACGAAAUUUUAUAAGAACAACCCGUAACGUUGCUCUUCUUAGAGUUUAAGAAGAUCCAUCCACUGUGCACGUCAGUUCCUCUCCGCCGUUAAUGUAAAACUACAGAAAUUUUACGGCACAAAUUUUUCAUAUUUCACGACGACCGAACGAUAGACAUAAUUUUUCUAUGUCUACGGGGAUAGUUUACGAAAAGUGCAACGUUUCGAUACAAUUGUAACAAUAAUAGCAUAAGGGAUAGCUUUACAUUCGUGAUUAUUGUACGAUUAAUCGAAUUUUAAUAUAAACUCUGUAUUUGCUGUAGGCGUAUCGUAAUUGUUGCCUCGUGUAACUUUAAGCAACGACAAAAAGCAAUAUUAAUGAAGUGCAUGUUAGCCAACAUGGUCAUUGAUACUGUAAUCAUAUUGUGAACUGAAUCGUCAGUAUUAUAGAUGGUUUCUCUCGAUGUAAAGCUGUAAUAUAUUUAUCUUAUAAAAUGUUA